GGAGUAUAUCAUUGGUCUUUAUUUCGUUCAUGCUGAGCAUGUCAUCCAAAGUAGAAUACCAAUUUGUCUAGUAAUUCAUAGUAUUAAUCCAUUGUUUUCCAUUUUUCAAGGAUGCCAAUACAACAAAUAAGAAUUCACGGCAGCCACACCCCAUAAACUGACUGUCACCUUCCCGGAGGAACCCACUGCAGCCGCCCUCUGGGGAGGAGCUGGCUGUCGCCAGCCGACCAAUCCCCGGCGUCCUCCGUCAGUCGCGGGUGGGUCUCUGCUUUUCGUCGCGGGCAGACAACCCCGGAAUCCUCACACUCCGUUGCGGACCCCGACCAACAAGGGCCGCGUGCUUCCGUCCUCCGCCAUCGAGCGGCAAGAUCUGAAGUUCAGCGCCAUCGCCGCAUACCAUCGCGCCCACGGUCCAGUUGCCGCCGGUCCAGCUUUGCUCCGUCGCCUACCAGGACGGUCUUCGCCGAAUCGUCGCUCCAGCCUGUCCCGUGGUCUUCCGUCGCCUAGGUCUCUGUUAGUUGCUGCUCUGUGCGUGGUUUUCAGAACAGGUAUGACGUCCUGUGUGGAGAGACUCGAGAAGAUCACUGGGGAAGGGUCACGAGCAUCUACUCAAGACCCGCCGAAUAAGAAGCAAAAGUCUAUACCUGCCUUGCAAGGUGAAGUUGCCUCGUCCUCAUCUGCACCCGUAACCAACGCCCCAAUGACCAAAGAGGCGUGGCAUGUCACCCGGAGCACUAGUGGCACUCGUGAUGUCAUGCUCAAGGAAGGGCUGAAGAGUUUGAUUGAUGGGCCGAUGGAUGAUGAUUGUCUUCACGCCGUAGCAGAGCUCAUUUUGAAGAUCUCCGAGAAGAAUCGCCAACAUGUUGAGCGCGAGCAGGAGCUGUUAAUGUUGCUUUCUGAAGAGCGGGCUAUCCAUAAGAGAUUGGGCGAAGAGAUAGACAACCACAAGGUCAGGGCGGCUCAGGAGAGGGAUGCUCACGUUGCCGAGUUAACCAAGGUUCGCAUGAAGAUUGAUGUUGAGCGGGAACACUACAUUGAUUCUCACCUAGAGGAGAUUGCUGAACGUUGGCUAAAUACUCCUGCUGGCGAAGAUAGACUUGAUAAAGAUGGUGCUUUGUGCUUCAAUUUGGGGGAAUACUCCAAACAACAGGAAAUUUAUGCUAUUCUGAAGGGUAAGCACGGCGUCUCAUGCAUUGCCGAUUGGGGGCUUCCUUUUGAGAUUCCCAACCCAGAGCCUGAGAUUGUUGAUCCUUCUCCAAGAGCCAUUCAUUUUGGCGAGCUCCCUAGCGAUGUAGAUCUCGACGAGCCCAUAACUUCAGAAGAAGAAGCAAUGCUUGGGCUACUGAGUUUGAAUGAUCUCUCCCUUGACCGUCUUCAAGCAUUGGAGAAUGCUAGAGUUAAACUAGCAUAACAUGGUCGGCAUGUUUUUGUUUUCCAGUACCUGUUUUGUUAAACUGUUUUUUGAAUUUAAAGUGAACAAUUAUCUUAAUAACAUAAUCUUUACUUUUAUAUCGUUGUUGUUUUAAUUAAUAUUGUUGCUUUUAUCGA